AACCCCACGGCAAUACUGUGAACAGUUAGUACAGUGUCAUAUAAAGUACAAUUUUAAGCAGAUUGUGGACACUUUUGUAACAACAGAUGUAAGGUAAGGACGAAUAUUGAUAGCUGUGCUGCAGUUAGCCAGUUUGACAGCUUCAACUAGCGCCAAUAGUAGAUUAAAAGGAAAGUUAGAUCGCGAAACACUACGUUCGUAAAGAAAGGAAACUGGCCAGGUUAUGCCAGCAUUUUGUUUUACGUAUUUUUUAUGCGCAGACACAUCUGCAAACCAGUGGGAAUAGGGUAACAAACUAAUAUUGAUUGCUAAACAAACCUGUGCUACCUUGUUAAAAUUGAAAUGGUAUAGGUGAAAGAUAACGAUAAAUGGUGUGUAACGUGCCUACAUUCAACAACGUAGGAUGAAUAACGGAAUAACCUCAGCGACAUUUGUCCGGAGCCUAAAGCAUAGCACACUGCGUCAACUGUCCGACUUCUUGGACCCCCAAGACAGCUGGAAAAAGGUCUUAGGGGAUAUUCAUAAACCGACUGGGGAGCCGAGAUACACACAGCUUCAUCUAAGGAGAUUUGAAAGGUUGGUGUCGAUGGGACGAAGUCCUACGAUGGAACUGCUCCAUGACUGGGGCACCACGAACUGCACAGUGGGGGAACUGGUGGAUAUUUUAUGCAGACACCAGUUACUGGCUGCAGCCAGUCUUUUGCUCCCAGGCACAAUUAAAAUGGAUCCAGGCGUACAAUGCAACGUUCCAGUUCAGGAAUGCCUAUCCCCGAGUAACCAGGUAACGCGUGUGAUUGGUCAGAAGGAGCGGGCCAGUGAAUGUCCACUUCCUGACAGCACCUCAGCACCAGGGGAGAAGGAGGAGGAGCCUGAUGACACAGGGUUCUACAGGUUCUCCUACGACAGGCUGGCGAAAAUGACGGGCGGCUUCGACGAGCGGCCCGCGGCGGAAGGCGGACGGCGGCUGGGCGAGGGGGGGUUCGGGGUGGUGUACCGGGGCUGCUUCAAGGGGAGACAGGUGGCGGUGAAGAAGCUCAAUUGUAUGGAUGACAUCUGCCCUCAAGAGCUGAACAUUCAGUUUAACCAGGAGAUCCAGACGCUCAAGAUGCUUAAACACGUGAACCUGGUAGAGAUGGUGGGAUUUUCCUCUGACGGGGACCACCCCUGCCUGGUGUACGAAUACAUGUCUAAUGGCUCCCUGCUGGACAAGCUGGCCUGCCUGGGGGGAUGCCCUCCUCUGUCCUGGAGUAGGAGGUGUGCGAUCGCCGUGGGAACAGCGAGGGGCCUCGAGUACCUGCAUGCGAACCACCACGUCCACAGAGACAUCAAGAGCGGGAACAUCUUGCUGGACGAAGCGAUGGCGCCCAGAAUCUCGGACUUCGGGCUCACGCGUGCCUCGGCCAAGCGGACGUCGUCGACGGCGCUGACGGAGAAGAUCGUGGGCACCACGGCGUACAUGGCGCCGGAGGCUCUGAGGGGCGAGAUCAGCCCCAAGUCCGACAUCUUCAGCUUCGGCGUGGUGCUGUUAGAGGUGCUCUCCGGACUCCCGCCAGUAGACGAUAGCCGUGAGCCACAGUUCUUGAUGGAAAUGAAAGACGAAAUAGAGGAUGAAGAAAUGACGCUGGAGGACUUUGUAGACAAGAAGAUGGAGGGCCGGGAGCCGCUGGCCGUCGAGAGGAUGUUUUCAUUGGCUCAGCGCUGCCUGAACGAGAGAAAGGGGCGUCGGCCAGACGUCAAACAGGUGCUGAAUCAGCUGGAGGACAUCCUCGCAGCACCGUCAGAACGAUAAGAGCGAAGUGUAGCUCACAGCGAGGGACCGAAACAAAGUUUGGGGCACAAACCAGCGCUCGAGAACCAAGCAGCGGUCAAGAGAACUAGCCAGUGCUUCAGCCUGUGGACAUAAGCAUCCCCAUCCCCACCCUUACUCCAAAGACUUUUUUUUUUUUACAUUUGUGUGUGAGAGUAUGAAUCAUUGCUGUACAGUUCCAUGUCCAAAAACUUUACGCAGAGGUCUGGUUUGAUUGAAGUUACAGAAACUAGGAGCACCAAAGUAACUUUUCCGGUUUUAUGAAAAUGAAAAGCCUCUGGGAGGCAAUGAGGUGCGCUCAAACCGAACCUACGCCCGAAUGUACGAUUUCAAUAAAAUAAAAAAACUUUUUAAAAACA